GGGGGCGGGACAUCCUGUGGAAGCCCCCUAGCUUCCUGGUAAGGUCCAUGUGUUGCGGAAGGGGCUGAUAGAGGAGCUGUUGAGACCGGAGGCUGCGUAGGGGCUCCCGGAGCCGAAGGUCGUGGGUCUGAAAGAAGGGUACCAUCAGGUCAGCUUGUAGAUCCCAAAGCCUAGAACCAGAGGAAAUGGCCCCUGGCACCCAGAGACCUUCAUCCCAGCAGUUGGUGACCUUCAAGGAUGUGGUAGUGAACUUCACUGAGGAGGAGUGGUGCCUCUUGGACCAUUCUCAGAAAGAGCUGUACAAGGAGGUCAUGCUAGAGAAUAUCCAGAAUCUGCUGUCCCUGGAGACCAAGUUUGAAGUAAAUGAGAUGUCUAGAAAGCUGGGCCUUUUCGUGGAAGAAUGUGACAUACAAAAAUUCAUGAGUGAUGCUCCCUGGGACUUCAGUUUGAGAGAAAUUCAUGACUUUAUUCACAAAGUAGACAAAAACCCAAAGAGUGACUGUGAACUGGAUGAAAUUGGAAAGAGAUUCAGACAGUCUUCUAUCCUAAAUCACUGUAAGAAAAUGACCUCAGGGAAUGAGUGUCCUCUAGACACUGAAUAUAGGAAAUGCUUUACUGAACAGGGAAAGCUUUUUCAGUCUUUGGAGAAGGCUCCUGGAAUGCAAAUGUGUCCCAGUAAUCAGUGGGAGAUGGCUGUGAGCUGGAGUUCAGACAUCAGUAAACAUCAGCAAAGUGAUACUGGAGAAAUGCUUUGUGUAAGUAAGAAAGGUGGAAAGGCCUUGAGUCAGAAUGCUGAGCACAUUACUCAUCAGCAAAUUCCCAAUAGAAAGGAAUCUGAUGAAUAUAACAAGUGGGAAGCUCAGAGAAUCCAUGCUGGAGAGAAACUUAAUGAGUGUCAUCAGUGUGGAAAAGCUUUCACAGAGAGAUCCAGUCUUACUGCACAUCAGAGAGUCCACCAUGGAGAGAAACCUUCUGAAUGUAAUCAGCGUGGAAAGGCCUUCAGAAUGAGCUCAAAUCAUUGUAAACAUCAGAGAAUCAAUACUGGAGAGAAACCUUACAAAUGUAAUCAUUGUGGAAAGGCUUUCACACGGAGAUCUGGUCUUACUGCACAUCAGAGAAUCCACACUGGAGAGAAACCUUAUGUAUGUAAUCAAUGUGGAAAGGCUUUCACAAAAAGGGGCAAUCUUGCUGCACAUCAGAAAAUCCACACUAGGGAGAAACCUUAUGGAUGCAAUCAGUGUGAAAAGGCUUUCAUACACAGGUGCUAUCUUACUGCACAUCAGAGAAUCCACCGUGGAGAGAAACCUCAUGUUUGUAAUCAGUGUGGAAAGGCUUUCAUACACAGGUGCCAUCUGACUGCACAUCAGAGAGUCCACACUGGAGAGAAACCUUAUGAAUGUAAUCAAUGUGGAAAGGCUUUCACAGAGAGGGGCACUCUUACUAAACAUCAGAGAAUCCAUACUGGAGAGAAGCCUUAUGAAUGUAAUCAGUGUGGAAAGGCUUUCAUACAUAGGGGCAAUCUUGUUGCACAUCAGAAAAUCCACACUGGAGAGAAACCUUAUGUAUGUAAUCAGUGUGGAAAGGCUUUCACACACAGGAGCAGUCUCAUUACACAUCAGAAAAUCCACCGUGGAGAGAAGGCUUAUCAAUGUAAUCAGUGUGGAAAGGCUUUCAGAAUGAGCUCCAAUCGUCAUAAACAUCAGAAAAUCCAUACUGGAGAGAAACCUUACAAAUGUAAUCAUUGUGGAAAGGCUUUCACACAGAGAUCUGGUCUUACUGCACAUCAGAGAAUCCACACUGGAGAGAAACCUUAUGUAUGUAAUCAAUGUGGAAAGGCUUUCACAAAAAGGGGCAAUCUUGCUGCACAUCAGAAAAUCCACACUAGGGAGAAGCCUUAUGGAUGUAAUCAGUGUAGAAGGGCUUUCACAGAAAGCUCACAUCUUGCUGCGCAUCAGAGAAUCCACACUAGGGAGAAGCCUUAUGGAUGUAAUCAGUGUGAAAAGGCUUUCAUACACAGGUGCCAUCUUACUGCACAUCAGAGAGUCCACAGUGGAGAGAAGCCUUAUGAAUGUAAUCAGUGUGGAAAGGCUUUCACACACAGAUUCAGUCUUAUUGCACAUCAGAGAGUCCACAGUGGAGAGAAAUCUUAUGUAUGUAAUCAGUGUGGAAAGGCUUUCGAGCGUAGGGGCAAUCUUGCUGCACAUCAAAAAAUCCACACUGGAGAGAAACCUUAUGAAUGUAAUCAGUGUGGAAAGGUUUUCACACAUAGGAGCACUCUUAUUAAACAUCAGAAAAUCCAUACUGGAGAGAAGCCUUAUGAAUGUAAUAAGUGUGAAAAGGCUUUCCCAGAGAGAAGCCGUCUUGUUAGACAUCAGAGAAGCCACACUAGAGAGAGACCUUACGUAUGUAGUCAGUGUGGAAAGGCUUUCACACACAGGAGCAGUCUUAUUACACAUCAGAAAAUCCACCGUGGAGAGAAGGCUUAUCAAUGUGAUCAUUGUGGAAAGGCUUUCACACAGAACUCCACUCUUGCUAAACAUCAGAGAAUCCACACUGGAGAGAAACCAUAUGUAUGUAAUCCAUGUGGAAAAGCCUUCACACAGAUAUCCAGUCUUAUUGCACAUCAGAGAAUCCACACUGGAGAGAGACCUUAUGAAUGUAAUCAGUGUGGAAAGGCUUUUACAGAAAGGAGCCAUCUUGCUGCACAUCAGAGAAUCCACACUAGGGAGGAGCCUUAUGGAUGAAAUCAGUGUGGAAAGGCUUUCACACACAGGUGCAAUCUUACUACACAUCAGAGAAUCCACACUGGAGAGAAACCUUAUGAAUGUAAUGAAUUUGGAAAGGCUUUCGCACAGAGCUCCCAUCUAUCUAGACAUAAGAAACCCCAUGCCCAAGAGAAGCCUUAUUGAUAUAAUCAAUGUGGAAAGGCUUUCAAACUCACCUCCAUCCUUGCUUUACAUCAGGUAAUUCACACUGGGGAGAAACUCUAGGAACUUCAUUCCUCAUAUGUGAGGGCAGGAUAUAGUUACUGUGUUCAUGUGUCAAUACUCCAUAGCAGUAUUAGUUCAAGUAUUCAUUAACUUUUCCUUGCUUUCAAUAUUCAGCAACUUUCAGUGCCAAAAUUCAGCACAUGCACAUGUGUUCUCAAGUAUAUCUGAAUACGUUUUUGAUAAGUUUUAAAAUUCCAGACUUGGUCUGGUCUGUAGGUGGGCUAGAGAAAUCGGGGUACAUUUUCUGGGCUACAAAGGACAGCUUGUCAAUAGGAAUUAAAAAUCUUUAAUCCACUGAAAAAGUAGAAGGGAACAACUAGCACAGGAAAUGAUGGAGAGGAAAGCUGGUGGAAUGUUGGAUAAGGAGGACAAUCAGUAUAUUCUGGAAUCUUACAUGAAUACAGUAAGCACUAGUAUAUACUCAGUGAAUAGUUGGUUCAAAAAAACAACUCCUAUGUGCUAAUUAUUAAAAUAACAUAAUUUGAUUAUUUUUUAAAGUUUAACCCACAAGUUUCCUUGCUUUGGUUAGCAGAUGUUCUAGUGCCUUAGAUUGCAGCCUUACAGAGUCCCUGAACACUUAGCCGGGCUGGGGAGAUCUGUUCACAAGUUAAGUCAGAAGUCCAAAGGAAUCUCACAGACAAAAGAUGUCUUCAGAUGAUUUUGCUGUGCUUUUCUCCCCACAGUUAGUCACUUGCUGUUAUCAUUAGUUUCUGCAUUAAAAUAAAAUAUCCUUCAUCAUU